AUGGCAACAUCCGCAAGAAUCGAGGCUGCGUUCGAUGCAGCCACCGGACUUCCAAAGCACUUAGUGUACGAUGGGCUGCAGUACACUAAGUCCAAUUACAACCCUGAAGGCAUAACUGGACGACUAGUCGUGCUUGUUGCGGUUGCAGACGACGAAGAUGAGGACGAAGAUGUAAGAGGAGCUGGACCAUACCAUGUUGUGUUCAAUCGUUGGGUUUACCACAAGUCAAGCACGGAUCCGGCGGACAUUGGUGAUGAGGUCUUGAGGACCAAAGAGGCAAUUCCGCUCCACCACGCAAAUCCGCCACAGCAAGCACAACAACCAGCAAUCUUGAAUGCUGCGCCGCACAUUCUCCAACCUCUACAAGUCCCGCCACCAGUCCACUAUUCCGCUCCGCUACAACCCGCACCAGCACCCCCUCCCGCCGCGGUCCCUCCGGCUGGUAAUCAACCACCGGUUCAUGUCCAACAGCCCGCCGGUCCUUUUGCGCCUCUCAAUGGCCACCGGAUUCCCGGCAUAGGAUUCCCGCCCCGCGCUGCCAUCCCAAACCCUAACAAUCUCCAAGGCCUAUUCGAUGUCCUCCCCCACCAGCGGGGAAAUUUCAACUACAUUCCCGCUGGUCCCUACAAUAACUAUGUCGGAACUCUGCGCGGAAAUACAGCUGCUCCUCCGGGAUCCCGCCAAACAUUCCACCAUGUAGAAGUCACCUACUUAAGCCAGCUCCUCGAAAUUGCUAUGCGGCUGCUCGGCCGCCGGCUCAGACCAGUGGACGACUUUCCCGCCAUCGCGGAAGCCUUGAACAGACGAUUCCAUGGUACAAACUAUGGACCUAGACUGUACGUCCACAGAGGAUACAAUACAGUUCAUUCGUUUGUUAUCAAAUCGCUGGUCAUUAACCAUAAUGCUCUCGUCAAUCAUCUAGGUCUACCAUGA